AUGGUACCCGAGCCAGUCUUACCUAUUGACGAGUUCAACGUCGCCACCUUCACUUAUAAGGAGAUUGAAGGACAACCCAUUCUUCUUGAUUUAGUUGUUCCCAAGACUCUACCAUCUGGCGAACGUCCAGUUCUUAUUCGAUUUCAUGGCGGCUUUCUCGUCUAUGGCAGCCGUGACAACCUACAACUUACACCCCCCAGGAUCCUUGAAUAUGCCCUUGAGAACAGUACGAUUUUGGUGUCUUGUGACUACAGACUACUCCCAGAGACUAAUGGGAUGGACAUACUUGAAGACAUCGAAGGUGUCUGGUCUUGGAUUCAAAGCAGCUUGGACGAUGCCCUUGGAACGAUGACGAAUGGGAAGAGCCGCGCAGACCUAGGUAGGGUUCUGCUGGCUGGCGAGAGUGCGGGUGGCUACCUCGCGAUUCAACUAGCCUUGCGUCAUCCGACUGCAUUCCGAGCUGUUAUCGCAAGUUACCCAAUGAUCGACAUGCGAAGCGACCAUUUCUGCAAAGCCUACCCCAAGCGAAUGGGCCAAUAUCCGCAAAUUGAUUAUGAACUUGUGUCUCAGCAUCUCAAGCAGCUUCCCGACGGGCCUCACCCAACAACCAGGGCCAUCUCAAAUCUGCCAAUCGCAAUGGUGCAGCACGGUAUAUACACCAAGUUCUUCGGUGACGACCGCAGCCUGUUUCCGAUAGAGUAUCUAGAGGAUAACCCCCAGUUGGCGCUGGAACUUCCGUUCAUUUGGUUGCAUCAUGGUAAUGAUGAUAGCGAAGUUCCAAUCGAAGGAAGUAGGAAGUUUGUUGCGAAGCUACGAGAGCUCAAUCCCAAGGCCAAGUUGAGAUACACGGAGCUUGAAGGGGCAGAGCAUGGAUUUUGGAGUGAGAUAAACCUGAUCCAAUCCGGCGAGUGGGAAGAAGGAGUAAAGGUCCUGAACUCCUAUCUUUACAUUUAA